AUGUAUCUAUAUAACACAGUAAUGGUGAUUAUCUUCCUUUCUCAAACUGGAGUUGGGGUGCUAGGUAACUCCCUCUUUCUCUGCUUUUAUGGCUUCACUUUGUUCAGCAGCCACAGAUCAAGGCCAAUGGAUCCUAUUCUGGUCCAACUUACAUUGGCUAAUACAAUAGUGCUCCUCUCCCAGGGAUGCCCACUAAUAAUCUUUUAUUUAGGGAAAGGAUAUGUCCUGGGAAGUGCAGGUUGUAAAACAGCGUAUUACCUUCACCGAGUCAGCCGAGGCCUUUCCAUCUGUACCACCUGCCUUCUGAGUGUCUUUCGGGCAAUCACAAUUAGUCCCAACAACUCUAGACUGGCCAAACUCAAAAUCAGAGUUCAGCAGUUCAUCAGGCCCUCAUGUCUCCUCUGCUGGAUAUUCUCCAUGAUAGUAGAAAUUAGUAUGCCGAUAUAUAUUACAGGAUCAAGGACUAACAACAAUAGCCACAGAGAUGGAUUGGAUCUCCUCUAUUGCUACUGGGAAAAGUCAUUUAAGGAAGUUGUCAUCCUGCCCUCCCUUCGAGACAUCUUCUUUGUAGGAUGUAUGGUCUGCACCAGUGGCUACAUGGUAUUUCUACUGUAUAGACAUCAUCAGAGAAUCCAGCACAUUCACAGGACCAGCCUCUCCCCAAAGACAUUUCCAGAGGUCAAGGCCACCCAAACCAUCCUGCUGCUGGUGGGCAUCUUUGUUUCUGCUUAUUGUAUCAGUUGUGGCUUUACACUCUAUACAGUGUAUGUGAUUCAGUCUGGUGCCUGGAUAGUGAUUGUGACUACAUUCAUUGCAUUGUGUUUCCCGACCAUCAGCCCCUUUUUGCUGAUUCACAGGGACACUCAAACCUCCUCGUCCUGCUGUGCUUCCUGGCAGAGGUCAUAUCUCUAUGCUCAGAAUAGCUGA